GUUAAAAUAGUGUAACGUCUUUUAUUAAUCAACUUUUUUCUUUGCUUGUGUUAAUUUAAUCAAGAGUAAUUGAUGAUAUUACUAGAUUAUCGAAACAACAAUUAGAGUGUUUAAUUGUAAUAAAUGUAGAUUAUGAGAUGAAAUGAAAAGAAACGGAUGAUUGUUGCAAUUUUAUUACCGUUAACCAACGUAAAUUAAUGUUUUAUGUACAUUUACUUGUGCUUACAGAGAAGACUUGUUGGGAUGAAAUUGAUAUCGAUUUGUUUCACAUAUUAACUGGAAUAAUAAUGUUUGCUCUUGUUUGUUCAACUUGUUCUUGUGAAUACCAUAUCAUCAUUUUUGGCUUAAAUAAUGGUCUUCGUUGGUGUCCUCGUCAUCAUUUUCAUCGUGUUCAUCUUCAUUAACAUGGAAAGUCUUGUUGCCAUAUUAGAAUAUGUUUGUUUGUUUCUGGUAACGCAGCUCUUUAAGUUUACAAUUGUACAGAUGAAGAUCAAAGGAUGACAUUGAAAAUUAAUGGAUUAUUGAAGCCUAAACAACAAGAAGUCCUCUCAAGCCUAGGACAGCCAAGGAAGGAAAUAAUAUUUUUUCUUACUCCUUCAUUUACUGUUAAUAUUGUAUCUGUAACAGUUUUUAUUGUGAAGGCAUUUGUGUUAUGAUAGCAAAAUAGAGAUGCAUGUUGCCCAAGAAAUGCAUUAUCAAAAUGGCCUCUUUACCCAGCAAAGCAAUACUGGACUUUAUUGUUUGGUAAUAUUUCCUUUAGUUUGCUUAAUAUGCAGAAGCUAAGAAGCUAUAAAGAUAAUGAUAUCAUCAGUAGUAAAAACAACAACAACUGAGCAGCAUUGAACAGUAUCAAUGUUGGCAAAUAUGAAUGAAUAACCAUGUUUAAUCACCGAACCAAUCUAAAUCUACAAUUGUUGUCAAAAAUAAUGUUUGGCUUCCAAAGUGAAACAUGCUAAGUUUGGUCUUCACAAUGAUUAUGAAUGAUUUGCUUUCCAUUUUGAUGGGUCAUUAUUAUUACUUAUUUUCCAUCGUCAUGACCAUUAUAGAUUCUGUGGAUACAAUGCUCAGUGAUAAGUUUAAUACCUUGGACAACCUUGGGAACACCCAAAAGGAUUGAAUUUGUGAACAGUCUUUUGCCUGGAAACAUCACUAAUGGACAUAAAUUGGGCUUAUGUACAAGAAAAGGUUAAAUGAUGACGAUAAUGAUAAUAAUGGUUAAAAAUGAUUAAUGGCAAUCCAAUGAGGACUUUUGUUUUUAUAUCUUGAACAGUUUCAAAGAGCUUUCAACUUCACCCUUGUGAACCUGAAUUGGCAAAAGGAAAAACCUACAGAUUCAUUUGAAUGAUAAAUCUGGUCAACUAUCCUGGUAAUUACAUUGGCCGAUUCACCAAUUUCAUGCAUAAAUAUUUGGAUCCUUUAAAUAUCUCAACCUGUGACUAUCAACAAUGUCCUUAACAUUUGAGGCCUGGUUAAAUCGUGAUAUAUCUUUUCCGAUUACCAAAUUUGACCAAAUGAGCAAAACCAGUCCAACCAAGCAGAGCAACGCCAAAGACGUCAGUGCGAUUAAUGAACCAAGUGAUAUCAAUGAUUCGUCUAAAACUGGCAAUUUCAAGGGGAAAUCGUCUAAAUGCAAUAAACGGUUCAAUUUGUUGAAGCAUUUACUUAAAAUCAAAAAUCAUCCAUUGACUCGCUUAAACGUAAUUGCUUGCAUCCUAUCGGCAGUUGGUCUGAUUUGGCAGAUAUUUCAAGUUUCAACUGUUUACUUUAGCUAUCAAACGCGAGUUGACAUUAUCAUAUCUACACCUCAAGCCUUGGUUAUUCCUGGAUUCACCGUUUGUCUCGAUAUUGUACCCAAUUGGACAAUUAUUAAACAAUAUGUUCCCAAUAUUGAACCUUCAAGCCCAAUUUUAACCUCCACAUUAACCAAUCUUCCCAUUAAUGUACUUGCCUCAAUGGCAACAGUCAAUGUUUCCUUAAGUUGCCGAACCUCAGUCCCACCAAACCUAUCACCGCAUGUAAGUGAUCUUUGUGAAUCCUUUUCGGAGCCCAAAUGGACAGUUCACUCUUCGGCUCGCUAUGAUUUGGUUAAAAAGUGUGUCACCUAUUUUUACAAUGCAGACCCCAGCCAUUCUAUUCGUAUGCUUGACUUUGACGCUCGUGAUUUUUUUACCCUUCGUGUUUACUCGGAAGGCAAUCAUUCGGUUACAGUGUUUGUUCACAAUCCCAGAGAGAUUCUUCCCUUCGAAGAAUCUGAUAGUUUCCCAUUUUUCACUAAACAAGCAGCCAGACUGGUUGUGACUACAUCCAAGGUGAUCACUUCACUCUUGCCCGCUCCAUAUCGAACCAAUUGUGUCUCUUAUAAUGAAACUGAAUAUGGCCGUACAGGAUGCAUCUACUCGUGUCGAUUGAAAGAAGCUCAACGUAAUUGUCCCCGUUGGCCUUACAAUGUACCAGCUCCAACUAAUACAACGGUUCCAUUUAGGAUUAGAGGACGUGACUGUGCUGGACCCUUGCGUUACACAUGUUCAGAUAGAUCCGUUUGUCCAAACCAAUGUAACAAUGUUUGGUACUCUACAUCAUUAACCUAUUUGCGUGAUAAAAAAGAUCCAAACGAUUACAUUACCAGAUUCUCUGUUCGUCGGCCUUUGGGUAUUGAAUUUGAAUACAUGUAUGGACCCAGAUUGGAUGCGAUUGAGUUUUUAUGUUAUGUGGCCAGUGCAUUGAGUAUGUGGAUGGGCAUCUCGGUGUUUGACUUGACUCUAUUGACAAUUACUUGGACUAAAAAACGAGUUCCUGCAAAAACCCGAAAAAUUGAGGGAGUUGUUGUUCUGGGAAGCUGAAUACUCCAAUCUUGAAAGCUAAAAGCAAAAUAUCACUUAUUCAAUCUGUAAUCAUGUACACUAGAAGCUCGUUAAUGUUCCUAAAGAUAUUCCUAAGAUACAAAUUUUAUAAUGAUUGUCAGAAUCUAUAAAUACAAAGUCUUGACGUAAAACUAUUAAUAAACAUGAACAGAUUUACUGAUAAAUCAAAAUAAUGUUGAUAUGAAUUCUUAAUAGAAACCCAAUUUCAACAACAAAUUUCCUAAA